CAUCGUACACAUGUUUACCACACUGCUCAACGUAUAGAGCGAAUCUCAAUAGCGUUCACAUAUCUCGUCUUACCUAUGAAAAGCCCCGAUUCUCACAUCUUCUACUGAUUCUUCGAACUUAACGUCCAAGUUGCGAUGGAAAAAACAGACACACAAGAAAGCACAGCGGUCACUUUCGAAUGGACCCUUCGUGGUCUUAAAAAUAUCUUUGAAUCGAGCAAGGGUGAAUCGAAGUCAAAGGUUACAAAGUCAUUGAGAUUCGGAAAUGGACGCUGGCAGAUUCUUUUCUAUGCGAACUCUGGGACGGAGGGCGGAGGGUUCGUGAGCUUAUAUCUGUCCUGUGAGCCCACUGCUGAAGAAAAGGACAAUGCGGUAGACGGGAGGUGGGUACGAGAGGGCGUCUACAAAUUCAAUUUCGAGCUUCGAAGUCUCGGAAAGACCGCAUUAUUCAAUAUCAAAGAAGCCCAUAACCAUUCAUUCUCAUCGAAGACAGCCAAUUGGGGAUGGGCUCAGUUUGCGCGACGAGAUCAUGUGUACUAUCAUUCAAAUGCCGUCAAGGAUCAAGACGCUUUCCUCAUCAUCUGUACUAUCACAUCAUCCCCGGCCGUCCCUGUGCAACCACCAACAGCACCAGCUCAGCUUGUACCAAAGGAUUUCCUGGAACGCGUGGGAUCGCUGCUUGAUGACCCACUAUACUCCGACGUCGAGUUCGUCCUGCCUAGCCGAGGCAGGUCGAAGGGUUCUAGAUUUAUCUACGCCAACAGAAAGAUAUUGCAAAGAGCAGACUACUUUCAGACUAGUAAGGUGACUGGAUCAGUACAGUGCAUAAUACUUACACUUGGACUGUCCUUAGUGUUCAGCUCAGGAUUCUGCGAGGCUUCUUCAGACCAUGGCCAAUAUGAUAUCGAUGAUGGCGAUGGCGCCUCAGAUGACACCUAUCUUAGCCGUCAGUACGAUGAUUCGGAUGACGAAGACGAAGAUUUCAUGAUACAGACGACCGAUGAACCGAGUUUUGAUGGCACUAUAGAGUCGCAGAUCGAAGAGGAUGCUGGACCUUCUGUGCCAGUUGCAGGUAUCAGCAGCACCGAUCUAAAUGUCCAAUCCGUAGAGGAAGAUGCACAAAUGUCGGGUGGUCUAGAAGAUGAACAGACACGUAAUGUUCAACCCAAGUUGUCCCACCCAUCGUCCCCAAGGAGUAAUGACGUAGCUCUUGACACGAAUGUCCACAAUUGGAUGAAACCUACAGCACCUGCCAAAGGCAAGGAAGAGGUUGUGGGACCCAAGAAAAUGCGUGUCUUUAUUCGGGAUGUCGCAUAUGCAACUUACAGGGCUGUUCUCUACUACAUCUAUACUGAUGUCAUUGUCUUCGCCCCUAUAUCCUCGUCGUUCCACUCAACGGCUCAAAAGAAGUCGCCGACAAUAGUUUCGACAGCACAGGCCCCUUCUGAUAGUCAGUCUAACUUGCUUGACGUUCCAAAGGCAGGGAGUUCGAUGGAGAUUCCUACGUCAAGGAGGGAGUGGAUCCGAAGGUGGCAACAAAACCAUCCAGGGCGACCGUCGCCUUGUUCUGCGAAAGCUGCUUAUCGAUUAGCAGACAAACUUGGCCUCCUUGAUUUGAAAGAGCGUGCAUACCAGCACAUUCAGAAGUCGCUCACUGUCGACAAUAUUCCAUAUGAGGUGUUUUCUCCAUUUUCUGCGACCUUUUCCGACGUCCGCAAGGUCCAAGUUAAUUUCUUCCUUGAGCACUGGGGAGAUAUCCGUUCUUCAGACGCGAUGCGUAGCGUGUGGCAACAAAUUCGCAUAGGAAGACAUCCUGGAUUCGAGGAAGUUUUCACAACAUGGGAAGUGACGUAUCAUCAAGUAUGGCCUUUGAUUGCACAGCAUCUUGUGUUUAACCCGAAGACGGGAGGAACAGGAGAUACGGAACCGAUUGAGGGCUAGAAGUGGGAGCGUCAUGUACAUAUGUUUCUGAUAUACUUAAUAACACCUUCCCCUUGUUUUUGACGGCGAGUGAGCAUCUGCUUUGCAGCUGAAACGUUUGACAGAUCAAUACGUGCAGGUGGUGCCGUCUUUCGACUGAUCAGACAUAAGGGAACUUGGCGGAACGAACCUGUGAAUAAAUAUCGUACGACGUUUGAUGGUAGAUGUAAACAAAGUCCCCUUGGCGUAAUACACCAGUGAUGGUAACGUGAUUCUAAAUAGUCGGAUGUAUUCGAUUAUGCGCCAUUCGGUCAUCAUUCAACAGAGGUCAGGCUACCAUAAUCCGUGGCUUCCGUUCCAGACACGCUAACCGUUCCAUCAUGAUCACUGUCUCCCUCAUCUUCAUCAUCGCCAUGCGGCUUUCCGGUAACCGUAGACGUGCUAGUACUGAACUGGAGGGCUCUUGGCUUUGGGCCAGAAAACAUUGCUGUUGCUCCAGUACC